AGAGAUGCCGUUCCGCUAUGUGAAGGGGGACGAUGGGAGGCCCAUCAUGCCCGAGGGCAUGGUUGAUUUGAUCAGGCAGGACUCUGACAAGACAAUUGAUGACAUGUUUUGAUGGCACCGUACUGGGACCCAAAUCUUCGCGAAGGACACCACGGAGCCACAGCUCGUAUAGCCAGGCUCGCAGAAGACUUGACGACCUCGACUCCCACUACCAUGGGCUCAGCGUCUCCCCUUUUCGAGAUCUAUCCGCCGCUGAUCAACACGGCGUGCCCUUGGGCCACAACCGUCGACGACCUCCGAGAUCUCUACGCCUGUCCGUCAACAGGCGCCGUGACCACCCGCACGUCCCUCGUCAAAGGUUUUGACCACAACCCGGACAGGCAUCAGUAUGCCUUCUUUGACGCAUCCCUGGCCGGCACAGCCCACAGCGCAAGCCUCAACUCUUUCGGCUACAGCCCACUCACCCUGGAAACCUACCUCGGCUUUAUCAAGACCAUAUCAGCCGAACUGCCCACCAAGUCCAGCAAAGGUUUCAUUGUCUCGGUUACCGGUACGCCCGAGGACAUAGCGAUCAGCUACAAGCUCGUAGCCUCCGCGGCUCAAGACGUGCAGUUCCCGCUGGCCAUGGAGAUCAACCUGAGUUGCCCCAACAUCCCAAACCGCCCACCGCCGGCCUAUUCCGAAGAAGCCCUCUCGACUUACCUAAGCCACCUCCGCCAAGCCAUCACGGAAACCGCCAAUGACAACAUUCCGCGCAUCCCCGUCGGGUUAAAAACUCCACCCUACACUUACGCAACCCAAUAUCAGUCCCUCAUCUCCGCCCUCGAAGCGGCCACCCCCGACGAAGGCGGUUCCUGCCCAAUCUCUUUCAUCACGGCCACUAACACGCUCGGCUCCUGCCUCCUCUUGUCACCGUCAGCGCCAGACUCGCAGCACCCUUCGCCCGUGCUGCCCGGCACAGGGUUAGGUGGCAUGGCCGGCGCCCCGCUGCACCCCCUCGCCCUGGGCAACGUGCACACCAUCCGGCGGAUGCUGGACGAGAAGGAGGGGAAGCUGGGGCGGCAUGUGCGGGUCUUGGGCGUGGGAGGGGUGUGCGACGCGGCGGGGUAUAAGAGGAUGAGGGCGGCCGGGGCCGAUGUCGUGGGUCUGGCGACGGGCCUGGGGCUGCGUGGGGUGGGUGUCUUUGGGGAGAUUGAGAGGGGCCUGGAAGAGGGGAGAUGGUGAGGUGGUGAUGGCGGCGGCCUGUUUGACCCCGUCCGCUGCUUGAACCUGCCCGUUCUGUGCUUCUUUAGCGAGGCCCGUCAGGGCGGCGUACGCAUAUCCUUCUUCCUCCAGAUUGGCUACUGUUUGCUCCUUUUGGAGAACCUUCAUGGCAGACGAGCUGGCCCCCGGGGGGGGGG